AUGAGUAUAGUCAACCAUGUGAUGGAGGAUGAAUUGAAGGAAGAAUACGAAGGAGAAUCAAUUAUUAUUAAAUUGGAUCAUCACUUUGGAUCAGCAAAAUUAACAAACUUUUACCGAACCAUUUCCAAAAACAAUAGUAAAUUAUUAAAUUACCAUCAAUUUCAUCAAUUAUUUAGAGGGAAGGAAUUGAAUACAUUCAAACCUCCACAAUUACUCUACAGAGCCAGCAGGGAUGGAUUUUCUUUAAAGAGUUUUCAUAAAUAUUGUGAUGAUCAUUUCAAAGUUGUGAUUAUUGUAAAAUCAAAAGCUGGAGAUUUAUUUGGAGGAUAUACUACUAAGAAUUUGAGACUUGACGGAGAUAGAAAUGUUAAUGAUGAUGAGUUAUUCACGUUCAGAUUUGAGAAUGACAAGUUUUAUGCGUUCAGAUUACAACCAGUCUAUAGAGAUCAUGCACUCUACAGAUAUGAAGAGUCUGAUGCUCCUUACUUGUUUGCAUUUGGAUAUUGCUUUUGGGUGUGUCCUAAUGCCAAUUGUCAAAUUUCAUCUGGUUCACACCAAACUGAAUGCUAUAUUCUAGAGGAAUGUAAAUUACCCAAUUCGAAUACACGAUACUUUGGUAAUACUAACUUUUUAGUAGAAGAUUUGGAAGUUCACAAAAUUACAUACUAG